GAUGGUUGUAACACAAUGAUGGGUGAACACAAUUUAGUUGCUAGUCGAUUUAAAGAGCAAUGUCCUGGAAUAGUAAUAAUGAAAUGUAUAUGUCAUUCACUUCAUUUAUGUGCCAGCGAAGCAUGCAAAAAACUACCUCAUACUUGUGAAGAUUUAGCCAGAAAUAUACAUAACUUUUUUAAAAAUAGUUCUAAAAGGAUGAGUGAAUAUCAAGAGUUUCAACAAUUUUGCAAUAUUGAAAUACACAAACUACUUCAUCCAUCUCAAACACGAUGGUUAUCCUUAUUGGCAGUAGUAAAUAGGAUAAUCGAACAAUGGCCCGCAUUAAUUUUGUUUUUUAAUGAAAAAUGGUUGCAAGAAAAAUUAAUUUCAGCAGAACAAGUAUUUAAAGCAUUAAACAAUCCCUUUAUACAAUUAUAUUAUUAUUUUUUACAAUGGAUAUUGCCCAAAAUUAUAUAUAUGAAUGAACUCUUCCAAAGUGAAAAAGUUUUAGUAGCACAUAUGCAUCAGAAAAUGGUCGAAACUUAUACCGAUCUUUUAUUAUGUUUUAUGAAACGAAAUUAUGUUCUUUCUAAACCCAUUACGGAAAUAGACCCUACAGAUUCUUCAAAAUUUCUUGAAAAACCUAACCUUUAUUUGGGAAUUAAAGUAAUGAAUGCUAUUUCUAACAAGGAAAUUCAAAAUAGAAAAGAUAUGUUAGUUAUUUUUUAUGAGAACGUUUUGAAUUUUAUGAAAACCCUUUGUAUGGAAAUUAAGAAAAGGUAUAAUUUUGACGAUAAAUAUAUGUCUAUGUUAAAAAUAUUUACUCCAAAAGUGGCAAUUUCAAAUAAUGCAAGAGAUCAGUAUCCUACUCUGUUACCUCUUUUAAAUCACUUUUCUAGAUUUACUGAAAAAGAUAAGUUCCAAGAGAUUGAUGAUGAAUGGAGAAAUUUACCUUUGUUACAGCUUUCAGAUAAUAUCUUAGAAGUUGAAAUAGAUGUAUUUUGGGUUCAUAUUUUGAAAUUAAAUGUGGCUAAUUCUUUAUCAAAAUUUGUCUUAAAUAUUUUAAGUCUUCCGCAUUCCAAUGCUCAGUGUGAGAGAAUAUUUAGUAAAAUUAAUUUAAUUAAAACAAAAACUAGAAACAAAUUAAAUAUCUCCACAAUAAAUGGGACAUUACUUGCUAGUCAAAAUGUGAAAAAAAACACAUUAGGUUCUUGCUCGUGCAUAAAUUUUACACCGUCAAAAAAUAUGUUAAGUAAAUUUUCACAAAAAAUGUAUGAUUUUAACCGUGAUGAUGACAAUGAAGUCAUUUUUGAAGACUGUACUUAAGCUAAUUAUAAGAAUUUUCUUUAAGUCAAGUUCUAUUAAUGCAAUAAUUGAUGUAAUAUAUAUGAGUUUUUUGUUUUAAAAAGUUUUAAUACGUAAUGCUGUUACGAAUAAAUAUAAAAUAUAUUUUUAUAUUUUGUAAAAUAUAUUUACAAUAAACAUAUAUAUAUA